AACCCUUGGGAACUUGCCGAAUCCCCAGCCCUGGCUCCCGGCGAUGGCGGCGGCGGCGGAGUGGGAGGAGGCGGCGCGGAAGGUGCUGGUGGCGCGGAAGGUGCUGGUGGCGCGGAAGCCCGCCUUCGGGCUCCCCACAUCCUGCCCGACCUGCCUCCCCGUUCUCCUCUACCUCCGCAUGGCCCAGGUCCCCUUCGACAUCCACGUCGAUUCCUCCUUCCCCGACGCCGAUCACAUACCAUAUGUUGAAUUUGGCGAUUGCGUGGCAUUCAACAAUGAAAAAGGAGGUGUAAUUGAAUAUCUUAAGGAGGAGAAAAUCGUCGACUUGAACUCAAAGCUGCCCAGUGUUUCUCAAUCUGAUGUACUACCUACAAAGGCCAUGGUUUUGACCUGGCUUGGAGAUGCUUUGCAAUAUGAACUCUGGGUGGUUACUGAUGGAAGCAUUGCGCAUGAUAUCUACUUUUCUGAUCUCCCCUGGCCCAUCGGAAAGCUACUCCAUUGGAAGAAAACUAGAGAUGUGAAGCAACUUCUGGGUAUAACAAAGCUUAAUGCUGCGGAAAAAGAAGAGGAGAUAUACCAGAAGGCAAGUGCUGCAUAUGAUGCAUUGUCUUUGAGAUUGGGGGAUCAAGUCUUUCUAUUUGACAGUAGCCCUACAGAUGUUGAUGCUCUUUUCCUUGGACAUGCUCUUUUUGUUCUCAACGCAUUACCUGAAACAUCUGUGCUGAGAAGCACUUUGCAGAAGCAUGAUAACCUGGUGAACUUUGCCGAGCAUCUCAAGGUCCAAUUGCUGGAAGUUGCUUCAUCAGCAGCAGGAUUAGGAACAUCACCUGAUCCAUCAUCAUCCUCCACACCCAAGAAAAGAGCAUCUUCUGGCAGAAGUUAUAAGCCAAAACCCAGAGCUAAGAAGGAACGGACAGAGGAGGAAAAGACAUUCAGGCGAAGAGCAAAGUAUUUCCUUGCAACACAACUUGUUGCAGUUCUUGUGUUCCUAUCACUGAUGGGUGGGGUUGAUAGUUCUGAGCUAGACGAUGACGAUGGUGUAGAUUAUGAAGAUUAAAUCCUCUCUGUUGUACUCCGUUGUGGUGCAUUGAGAAUGUGUUCCCUUGGUUAGUCAGAGGUAUCUUACAUUUCAUAUAGUAGCUAGGAAGGAAUGCACUGAGUUGGUUAGCCAUCGGCAGUUUCGUAAUUACUUGAGAUGUGGAACAUAUUUGAUGUACCCAACUAUAAGCAUUUUCCAAUUGUAUCAUUUUCAGGGA